UGGUCGUUUGUCAUAAUUGUUGUCCCUGGAGUCACAUGGAUCGAGGUUGAAGAGAACGAAACACAACGAUGGCAUUCAGCUGGCGAAUUACGGGUUUGAUAUGGGGGUCUCUGCUUUUAAUAGUAAAUGGUCCGAUCGGUUCCGGUGCUGACGGUAAUAAUGGUCAUGAUAUCCGACAGUCGGUUCCUUUUACCGAGAAGUAUAUGGAGCAGUACGUGGACCAUUUCAAUUUAAUCAAGACAGGGAACAAGACUUUCUUUCAAAGAUAUUUAGUUCAGGAUAAAUGGUGGGACCGUAAAAACAAUGGCCCCAUAUUUUUUUAUACUGGAAAUGAAGGCCCCAUUGAUCAAUUUUGGGAAGUUACAGGGCUCAUGUUUAACCUUGCUCCCAAAUUCGGUGCUCUGGUCGUUUUUGGGGAACAUAGAUAUUAUGGUAAAUCGCUUCCAUUCGGUCCUGACAAAAGCUUCAAGCAGCCCUAUAUCGGUUUUCUAACCGUUCGACAAGCCCUUGCAGACUUUGCACAUCUGAUAAAUACCCUGAAGAUCAUGUUGGGUGCCCAGAAGUCUCCUGUUAUAUCAUUUGGUGGCAGUUAUGGAGGAAUGCUAACUGCCUAUCUCCGAAUGAAAUAUCCACAUGUCUGUGAUGGUGGUAUUGCUGCCAGUGCACCGAUUUAUCUCUUUGAUCCAAAAUUCGACCACAGCUUCUUUUUUACCGAUGUUUCCAAGGAUUUUUCCAGCUGUGAACCUCAGGUGAGACAGGCAUUCAUCAAGAUGAAUCAGUUGAUGGAUCAAGGAGAGACAGGAAAGAAGACUCUGGAAGAAUAUUUUAAAUUGUGCAAGCCCAUAUCCGAUCUAGAAACAUAUACACGUCUUCUGGGGGCAAUAAGAAAUGCCUUCACCAAUAUGGCAAUGUUCGAUUAUCCCUAUGCAACACCUAUGCUUCCAAUCGGAAACCCAGUCAAUAAAUCUUGCCAAAUGAUGCAAGAAUCCAGUGAUGUCUUGAAAGGAUUGGUUGAUGUCACACUCAUGUUUUACAAUGCUUCCUCGAAACCAUCCCAAUGCUUUGAUGUUGACAAAGCAUUCAUUCCCUGUGCAGAUCCGACUGGAUGUGGCGUUGGUCCUGCGGCUCUUGCCUGGGAUUUUCAGCUCUGUGGGGAUCUGGCCCCACCAACAGGUACAAACAACGUCACCGAUAUGUUUCCUGUUCUACCCUUCAAUGAUAAAAUUAGGAAAUACUAUUGCCAAAAGGUCUGGAACACUGUCCCCACAUACGACUGGGAAUACUGGGGUCAAGACUUGACCACAACCAGUAAUAUCGUUUUCUCAAAUGGCGAUCUGGAUCCUUGGCACCGUGGUGGGGUUUUGAAAUCUGUUUCACCUUCAGUAGUGGCCUUCAUGGUUAAAGGUGGAGCGCAUCAUUUUGACCUCAGAGGACCUCAUCCGAACGAUUCAGCCAGUGUGAUUGAAGUCCGAGCCAAAGAAGAAGAAAUGAUUAAGAAAUGGGUGACAGCCAAAAAUAUGCUAAACUGAAUGGUUUUACAGUCAUUCAGCAGAAGUUAUUUUUUUCUAAAAAAGAAAAAAAAGUCAUUUAAACAUAAUCAGAAAAAUCUUUUUUUUUUUUUUUUUAAACAUCUACAAAUUCUAAUUCAUUUCUUCCAAUCAAUUUAAAACUCGUUAAAGAUUCUAAUUGAUUUUUUUCUAUUAAAUUUUAAUUUUGAUACA